AUGGAGCUGGAUAAUAAAAUCUGCGAUCUGAUUGAGAGGAAUGUUUCUCCUGAUCCCAGAGGGGUCACCCCGGGUCCAAUGCCGAGUCACAGAAGUCCAUGUUCUGUGAAGACUCCAGGAAAACCAGCUUCCGUGGCACAUUUCCUACCAUGCACAACUAGAAUGAGUGGUACAGAAAGUUCUACGGAGCAUGCAGAGUGGACUCAAUCAUCGAGAAGAAAGAACUUAACAAAUUCCCUUGAACAAAAGAUAAGGUGCCUGGAAAAACAGAGAAAAGAGCUCCUGGAAGUUAACCAACAAUGGGAUCAGCAAUUUAGAAGCAUGAAAGAGUUAUACGAAAGGAAGGUCGCAGAGCUGAAAACGAAACUGGACGCCGCAGAAAGCUUCCUAGGCACGCUGGAGAAGGAGCUGCAGCAGAGCCAGAGGGAGAGCGACCUGCAGCAGCGCGAGGAGAAGGAAAAGGAGAGCCUAAAUGAAGAAUUACAUGAAUUGAAGAGAGAGAAUAAGCGUUUGAAGGAAGAAAAUGCUCUCGCGAACCAGAAGAAGCGACAUUUUGAAUGUGAAAUAAAACGCCUCAAUAAGGCUCUUCAGGAUGCCUUAAAAAUGGAGUGUUCUUCAUCUCCUGAGGACUGUUUGGGGAAGUCUGAAAUGGAGUGCAGCCAUGAAGAGAUGAGAACAGAGAUGGAAGUUCUCAAACAGCAGGUGCAAAUAUACGAAGAAGACUUCAAAAAGGAGCGAUCAGACCGAGAAAGACUUAAUCGAGAAAAAGAGGAGCUACAGCAAAUUAAUCAAACUUCUCAAACCCAGUUGAACAGGCUGAAUUCUCAGAUAAAAGCUUGUCAGAUGGAGAAAGAAAAACUAGAAAGGCAAUUAAAACAGAUGUAUUUCCCAACCAAUUUCCACCUGCGGGAUCCAUGCCUACUGACAGGCCCUGGGGCUGUGCAGGAUCUACAGAAGUACCCACCGGACUGUCAGUGGCAUGCUCCCGGCCUGUCUCCUCCAGAUGUGCAGGACAAGGCAAAUGGUUUCUCCUCAGAAAGGAAAGCCAAUGUGUAGAAGCACACGCUGUUGGAGGAGCACACAGGCCGAGGGAGAGCUCAGCUGAGGGCCCUCGUUCCUCUUUUUACUGUGGCUUGUGUCUGCCUCACCUGCACAUCACCCCCUCCACUACUUAUACCUGUAAUGUUUCCCUUUGGCACAGAUGGAGGCCAAGGCUGUGACAGCUGAGAUCCUGAUCAAGUCCUAGGGGCCAAAAUUAUACAACCCCUCAGAACUUCCAGCUUCCUCGAAAUGAGAAAAUCCUAAUGUGAUGGUGAUGGCUUUGCUGAGUACAUAUAUACUUAGAGAAGUAGUUCAGAGACACAUCGAUUUGCAGUUAAAUCUGUGUUUUUCUUCCUGUGCAUCUGCGUAAUUAUUAACAAAAAACGUAACUCUGUCUUCUCAAACCAAUUA